AAGUUGGGACCAGCGAACACGCUGCACUUUGUGGUCAGAGACGUGAAAAAGCGUCACCUGUUUAAAGCUUUUCUGUUUUGUGUUUUUUAGGGUAAUCUCCCUCCAGAUUAUCAGAUCACGCUGAUCGAUAUCGGCCUGGUGCUAGAGUUCCUGAUGGGCGGAGCUUAUCGCUGUAACUACACCAGGAAGAGCUUCAGGACGCUGUACAACAACCUGUACGGCCUCAAGCGACCCAAAGCUCUCAAACUGCUGGGAAUGGAGGAUGACGAACCCCGUCCAAAGGGCAAAGGAAAGAAGAACAAGAAGAAAGAGGAGGAGGUGGACAUCGACGUGGACGACCCCGAGGUCAGCAGGUUCCAGUACCCGUUUCACGAGCUGAUGGUUUGGGCCGUGCUGAUGAAACGACAGAAGAUGGCGCUGUUCUUGUGGCAGCGGGGGGAGGAGGCCAUGGCCAAAGCGCUGGUGGCCUGUAAACUCUACAAGGCCAUGGCCCACGAGUCGUCCCAGAGCGAACUGGUGGACGACAUCUACCAGGACCUGGAAAACAACUCCAAGGAGUUCGGUCAACUGGCCUACGAGCUGCUGGAUCAGUCGUACAAACACGACGAGCAGGUGGCCAUGAAGCUGCUGACGUACGAGCUGAAGAACUGGAGCAACUCCACCUGCCUGAAGCUCGCCGUCGCUGCGAAACACCGAGACUUCAUCGCUCACACCUGCAGCCAGAUGCUGCUCACCGACAUGUGGAUGGGCUGUCUGCGGAUGGGCAAGAGCAACAGCCUCAAGGCACCAGCACCACCUGCACAGACACCAACCGCACACCAGCACCACCUGCACAAAUACCAACCGCACCGUCCACACACCAGCACCACCUGCACAGACACCAACUGCACACCAGCACCACCUGCACAGACACCAACUGCACACCAGCACCACCUGCACAAACACCAACUGCACACCAGCACCACCUGCACAGACACCAACCGCACCAUCCGCACACCAGCACCUGCACAAACACCAACUGCACACCAGCACCACCUGCACAGACACCAACCGCACACCAGCACCACCUGCACAGACACCAACCGCACCGUGAUUUUAGGGAUCGUUUUCCCUCCCGCCAUCCUCCUUAUGGAGUUUCGUCUUGGAGACGAAGCUUCGGUUCAUUCGUCCAAAGAAAAUGACGAGAGAAUUAAAGAUGAUGACAACAAAUCCAGCAAGGACGGCGUCUCCAACGUGGACACCAUGUCAAAGAAAGGAGACGAAGAGGAAGACCAGAAGAAACAGAGGAAGAAGACUCCGGUCGGCAGGAAGAUCUACGAGUUCUACAACGCUCCGUUCACCAAGUUCUGGUUCAACACGAUCUCGUACCUGGUGUACCUCAUGCUGUAUAACUACAUCAUCCUGGUGAAGAUGGAGCGAUGGCCGACUCUGCAGGAAUGGAUCGUCAUCUCUUACAUCAUCACUCUGGGACUGGAGAAAGUCCGUCAGAUCCUGAUGUCGGAGCCGGGGAAGCUGAAGCAGAAGAUCAACGUGUGGUUGGAGGACUACUGGAACAUCACGGACCUGGUGGCCAUCUCCGUCUUCCUGCUGGGCCUCCUGCUGCGGCUGCAGAGCGAGCCGUCCAUGGGCUAUGGACGCGUCAUCUACUGCGUCGACAUCAUCUUCUGGUACAUCCGAGUCCUCGACAUCUUCGGGGUCAACAAGUACCUGGGACCUUACGUCAUGAUGAUCGGAAAAAUGAUGAUCGACAUGCUGUAUUUCGUGGUCAUCAUGCUGGUGGUGCUGAUGAGUUUCGGCGUGGCGCGGCAGGCGAUCCUUCACCCGGACGAGGAGCCAACGUGGCGUCUCGCUCGCAACAUCUUCUACAUGCCGUACUGGAUGAUCUACGGAGAGGUGUUUGCAGACUCCAUAGACCGUAAGACUAGAGUUCAUA